GGGGCGGACGGGGGCGGCCAAGAUGGCGGACGGGGUGCUGAGCCCCGGCGUGAACCUGGAGGCCUUCUCGCAGGCCAUCGCGGCCAUCCAAGCGCUGCGCUCCAGCGUCACGCGCGCCUUCGACUGCCUCAAGGACGGCAUGCGCCACCGGGAGACGCUGGAGGGCCGCGAGAAGGGCUUCGUCUCCGCCUUCCAGGACAGCCUGCACUCCGUCAGCCGCGACCUGGGUGAACUGGAACGUCUGAGCAAUCUGGUUGGCAAACCAUCUGAGAACCAUCCUCUUCAUAAUAGUGGAUUGUUGAGCCUAGAUCCUGUACAGGACAAAACUCCUCUCUACAGUCAACUGCUUCAGGCCUACAAAUGGUCAAACAAGUUACAAUAUCAUGCAGGGCUAGCAUCUGGCCUAUUGAAUCAGCAGUCUUUGAAGCGCUCAGCCAACCAGAUGGGAGUAUCUGCAAAACGCAGACCAAAAGCCCAGCCUACAACCCUUGUCUUACCGCCUCAGUACGUUGAUGAUGUGAUCAACCGCAUUGACAGGAUGUUCCCUGAGAUGUCCAUCCAGCUAUCCCGACCCAAUGGUACCUCUGCAAUGCUUCUGGUUACCCUAGGAAAAGUGCUAAAAGUGAUAGUGGUGAUGCGGAGUCUCUUCAUUGACCGGACGAUAGUAAAAGGAUAUAAUGAAAACGUCUACACCGAAGAUGGCAAGCUUGACAUCUGGUCUAAAUCCAACUAUCAGGUCUUUCAGAAGGUGACAGAUCAUGCAACCACUGCCUUAUUGCACUACCAGCUACCCCAGAUGCCAGACGUGGUGGUCAGAUCCUUCAUGACCUGGUUAAGAAGUUACAUAAAGCUGUUCCAGGCUCCAUGCCAGCGCUGUGGAAAGUUUCUGCAGGAUGGCCUGCCACCCACCUGGAGGGAUUUCCGAACUCUUGAGGCCUUUCAUGACACCUGCAGGCAAUAGUAACGCAGCUGAGUCAUUGGCCUGGCAUGAUGGAAAAUGGGUUUACGGACCCAGUUGGUUGCAAAUAAGCUCUGAACAGUGUUGAUGGUCAUUGGUGGAUUCUAUUUUUCAGCGUCCACAUGCGCAUUCCCACCUUUAGCAAAUCAGUCCUUACUGAAUAGUAAAGAUGCAUUGCUACAUUUGACCAUCAAAAGGGGCAUCUUUCUGCAAGGUACUCAUGAAAAAAAUGUUUGUCUUCGACAUAAGCACAGAGGAAAAGAAGAAAAUCUCUCGUUACAGGAAGGUUCUGUGUGCUUUGCAUUGGAACUUCUGUCCUGAAAUUAUCUUCUGGGAUCCGUGUCUUGUAGUCAUUUCAAAAGCAACUGAUAUUUUGAUGAGAUGACCCAUGUACAAUUGUCUGUUUUGCUACAGUUUUCUUUGUAGUGGAGAACUUUAUUUUUACAAACCAAAAAUAAACUUUUAUAUUCAAAGAGA